AACACUUCGACAGUAUAACCUGGUAUAACUCAGUAUAACCUAUACAGACUGCGUCCUGAUUGGCUUUCACAAUAAACCAGUACAGAAUCACGUAAGAAAAAUAGGACAUGAUCUAUUACGAAAAUCCAAUACGCGAGCCAGUAGCGUAGCCCGUAAGCUACCCAUUUCCAGUACGGGAGCACGUAAGACUGCCAGUAUAGGAGCACGUAAGCAAUCCCGUAAGAAAAAACGUAUCGUCUGCGGCAGGCUUAACAAAACCAAAUGGAAUCUACGUCUAAAGGUUCCAGUAAUACGACGGAAGGUGAUUUAACAAGGCUGAAAUUAUUCAAUGAAAUAAAAAACAUUUUAAAGAGUGAUACAAAAGAAAUUUAUGCUAAGGUGGAAACACUUUUAUCCGAAAAUGAAAAUUCAAGUUAUCAUUUAUCAGAUGAAGAAGAAAAGCAAAUAUCAGAUCAAGUACAUAAAAUGAGAUCAAGAUGGGAUUCAAGUAAAAGAAUAGAAAAAAAAUUUUUGAAAAAAAAUCAUGAUUGGUUACAAAAAUCCAUUGAACUGAAAAAAGAAGACCAAAAGAAGAAGAAAAAUAAUAAAGAAUCAAAAGAAAAACAAAAUGAUGAAAAAAAUUCAAAUGCAGGUCGGCGAGAACUCAGUUUCUCAGAAUCUUCAGAACGAAGUAAACGCAGGAAAACAGAAGAAUUACAAACGAAUGUAUCAACUGAAGCUCUCCUAUACUCAGCAACAAGUAAAUUGCGUUCUGAAGGUAAUACUGAUUUUGCAAAAGUGGUGCGUGAUAUUUCCGAAGGCAGUCCUACAAAAGCUUCGAAAUACAGAAAAUCUUUGGAGUCUGCGAAUAAAAAUAUACCUUUCACUAAUAAUGAAGCUUUAUCGUUGUUUAUUGAACUUGGAUUAUCUCAAAGCAAAUACCAGCAGCUGCGAAAUGCUCAUGUGCAGAAAAAAUCAAGGAUGAUUCCAUCAUACAAAAAGCUACAGAAAGCAAAAUUACAAUGUUAUCCAGCCUUAGGUUUUUCUUUCACUGAAAAUGAAGCAGCAGUUACAUUGCAAUCUCUAUUAAAUCAUACGAUUGACCGCAUUAUUCUUCAUCAAGUAGAAGUUAUAAAAUGUUUAUCUGAAGAACAACUACAAAAUUUAACCUUAAUCGUUAAAUGGGGCUGUGAUGGUAGUUCGGGACACAGUGAAUAUAAGCACAAGCUCGAUGAAAACGAUGUUAGUGACGAAAGUAUUUUUUUCACCUCUCUUGUCCCAUUGCAACUUAUACACAGAGACUCUACGACGAAGAAAACUACAAUAGUCUGGAAAAAUCCAAGGCCAUCAUCACCAAGAUAUUGUCGGCCAAUUAAAAUUCAAUGUGCAAAAGAAUCAGUUGACUUGACGAAAAAAACAACUAAUGACAUAGAAAACCAGAAACAUGAUCUGAAUGCAUUUGAAACUACUGUUGACGGGAAAAUCGUGUGUGUUAAAUAUGAUUUGUCCUUGACAAUGAUAGAUACGAAAGUAUGCAACUCACUGACAGAUACAACAUCUGCGAUGCGUUGUUAUCUGUGCAAUUGUACAUCAAAAGAUUUCAACGACAUAGAUGCAAUGAUUAACAAAAAAAUUGUUUCAGAUCACUUAAAAUUUGGCCUAUCAUCUCUACAUUGUUGGAUUAGGUGUUUCGAAUUUAUAUUACAUUUGUCGUACAAAUUAAAAAUCGAAAAAUGGCAGGUACGUAAGGGAGAGGAAAAAGAGUCGGUUGAAAACAGGAAAAAAAUAAUACAAGCUGCUUUUAAAAAAGAAAUGGGCUUAAAUGUUGACAAACCGAAAGCUGGAAGUGGAACAUCGAACGAUGGUAAUACGGCUCGUCAUUUUUUUGAAAAGUACCAACAAUCUGCAAAAAUAACUGGAAUUGAUCAGGAUAUUAUACAUCGUUUUUAUAUUAUACUGCAAGCCAUAUCAAGUGGACAUGACAUUAAUUUGGACAAUUUUAGACAGUAUACUGAGAAGUUAGCUAGAAUGAUUGUAGAAAAGUAUGAUUGGUAUUACAUGCCAACUUUAGUACAUAAGCUAUUAAUUCAUGGCCCAGAAAUCAUUCAAGAUUCAGUUUUACCUAUCGGUCAAAUGUCAGAAGAUGCACAAGAGGUCUGCAAUAAAUUUUAUUCGAUCUAUCGCCUGAGCUUUGCUAGAAAAAACUAUCGUCAAAAAACAAUGGAGGAUGUGUUCAAAAGAUUUUUAGUAGCUUCUGACCCAUACAUUUCUAGUUGUAGAAAAUUGCCAGCUAAACAGCUAAAAUCUUUAUCAGCAGAUGCUAUUAAUUUAUUGUCGUCUCCAUUUGUUGAUAAAGAAGAGGAGCAGGACAGUACUGAUAUUAGCUCUGCCUCUGAGUCAGAGACAGAUGUAGAUGCUUAUGACCUUCAUGAUAAUGAAAAUUUUUUUAUGUAAUUCUUCUUUAAAGCAGGAAAUACUUUCCAAUUUUAUAAUAUUAGAGUAUACGUUUUUUAAAUACUUGUAUAAGUUAUAAUACAAUUCAAAACUCUAGUUUCGUGUAUAACCUAUAAUUUUCAAUUUUAAUAAAAAUUUUUGUGAAAACUUGAAAAA